AUGUCUCUCACGAUACCUCAGGCCUCUCAGGCCGGUCUCUUUAAGCCCGGCUACAAUAGCUACGAUGCUGAAGAUGGAGCCGUGAUCCGUAAUAUCGAUGCCUGCAGAACGAUUGCUCAGACGGUCCAAACGUCCCUGGGACCAUAUGGGCGGAACAAAAUUGUCAUAAACCACCUUCAAAAGAUGAUUCUCACGUCCGACGCCGCUACGAUUCUCCGCGAACUGGAAGUUGUCCACCCCGCUGCAAAAUUACUUGUGAUGGCUAGUCAACAGCAAGAGGCGGAGCUGGGAGACGGCACAAACAUGGUUAUAAUUCUGGCCGGCGAACUGCUGAAAAAGGCGGAGGAAUUAAUACGAAUGGGUCUCAAGACCAGUGACAUUGUGUCGGGCUACGAAAAAGCCCAGGCUUAUGCUUUGAAGUGCCUACAAGAUCUCCAGGUCGACAGUGUCUCAGAUAUGCGCUCUGCAGAAGAAUUGACAAAGGCCCUACGCACUGUUGUUGCCUCGAAACAGUCUGGGAGCGAAGACGUCGUGUCACAGUUGAUCGCAGAAGCAGUCCUGGCGGUUCUUCCAAAGAACCCCGCCAACUUCAACGUUGACAACAUCAGGGUUGUCAAGAUCAUGGGAGGAGAUCUGUCGUCUUCCAAAGUCGUUCGAGGCAUGGUCCUGGGCCGAGAGCCUGACGGAACCGUCAAACGCGCAAAGAAGGCCAAGGUCGGCGUCUUCUCCUGUCCGAUUGAUACCUCCCAGACCGAGACAAAAGGCACGGUGCUCCUCAAGAACGCACAAGAAAUGAUGGACUUUUCUAAAGGCGAAGAAACGCAACUGGAAGCCGCGAUCAAAGAACUGUACGACUCGGGUCUGCGAGUGGUCGUGGCCGGAUCGACAAUCGGCGAGCUUGCCCUCCACUAUCUCAAUCGCAUGGGUAUACUGGUCAUUAAGAUCCUCUCCAAAUUCGAACUCCGCCGCCUCUGUCGUGUCUGCAACGCCACGCCCCUCGCACGGCUCGGCGCUCCCAUGCCAGACGAAAUGGGUAGUAUCGAUGUCGUUGAAACCACCGAGAUAGGCGGCGAUCGAGUUACGGUUUUCCGCCAGGACUCGGACACCGCAACGACACGAACGGCGACCAUCGUCCUCCGAGGCGCUACACAGAACCACCUCGACGACGUCGAACGCGCGAUCGACGACGGAGUCAACGUCAUCAAAGCCGUGACCAGAGACGCCCGACUGGUUCCUGGCGCUGGUGCCACUGAAAUGCAGCUCGUCGAACGCAUAACCCAUUUCGCCGACAAGACGCCCGGCCUUCCUCAAUACGCAAUCCGUAAAUACGCCGAGGCGUUUGAAGUCAUUCCCCGCACCCUGGCCGAGAGCGCAGGUCUCGAUGCCACCGAGGUUCUAGCUCGUCUGUACACCGCACACCAACAGCGUCUGAACACAAAUGAAGUCAAGCGCCGCACAGGAACGGCCGAGGAGGGCAGUGACGAUGAGGACGAAAGCUCUUCGAACGAGGAAGAGUCGUCUUCGUCCGGAACGUCAGAUGAGGAGCCCUACUGGACCACAGGCGUCGAUCUGGAAGGCUCAGACGCGACCGGUGUCCUGGACGCCGUGGACGAGCAAAUCCUGGACCUCCUCGUGACGAAGAGCUGGGCCAUCAGACUUGCCACCGAGGCUGCACGUACCGUCCUCAGCGUCGAUCAGAUCAUCGUCGCGAGACAAGCUGGCGGGCCGAAACCUCCCGGUCCCAACCCAAACUGGGACGAGGACUAA